UACCAUUUAUCUAUUAAAUGAUUUAAUAUUAUGUAUAUAUAUUACAUUACAUAUAUAUACUCAACUAGUGUCAUCAGCGUCUCGUACCUGUGUGUAAAGUCUAUAUGAGAGUUUUUAUUUUACAAAAACAAUUAAUAUUUAUUUUCGACAACGCAGCGUCAGUAACAUACACUAAUUUGAACUAAUAGAUGUACAGAAAAAACUGUGAAAAAAAUAAAAAUAUCAUUCACACUUGAAUAUAUAUAAAUACAUGCAUACAUAUGUAAUAUGUCUGUGAAUGAGCGAAUAACCGUGGCCUGUAAAAGAAAUUAUAUCCUUUUUUUUUAAACAAUUCCUAAAAAGUAUAAACAUAUUAAAUAACAACCGGUUAUAAUUAGUGAAUAAAGUUGUUCAAAAUGCAAUAAAUGGUAAAUUAACAAUUACAAGGUAUAAAACGAGGUGCAGAAAAUCUGGAUGUAAAAAAGAAAUUGAAAUAAAAAUUAAAAUUAUAUAUAUAUGAAAUUUAAACCGUGUUGGUUUAAUAAUUGGCAAGAGUCAAGCUAAGCAAAAAAAUAAAUGUGGCGUAAAUGGUAAGGAAAAUACGCAAAAACAUAAAAACAAUAACAACAUUUAUAUAAAUAAUAAUUUCAUUUAUUCCUCCUACAAUGGCGAUACAACUCGACGCAACGCACCGCCCGCAAUGGUGUCAAUUUUAAUUAAGCAAAGUAUAUUAAUUUGCUGCUUGUUACACUAAUUAAGGAUAAUAAGCUACAGCUACAAGAAAUAAUUAGAACAGCAGCAACAGCAACAACAAACCACAACAAUCUAUUAUCGAAUAAAAUCAGCCCACAGCGCUCGACAGGUGAUCCAAAAAUAAUUUAUAAAGAGACAAGGCACUACUAAAAAAUAUAUAAAUAAAAAAUAUAAAGUCAAGAGAAAUAGCAGUAAUAAAAGCAAAAGAAAAGAAAUUAUAACAAAACAACAAAUUUAUACAACAAAAUAAAUUUGCUUCUAAAAACAGUAUAGUGAAGUUCAUGCGAUUACUUAACAUCAAAGCGUAAUGAAAUAAAAGUGCUUACAUACAUUCGACAGACACGCUUACACACACACACACACACUCACUGCCAAUGAACCUACAUUAAGGAUAAUACUGCGCUUGGAAAGCGCACAAAGAGUCAUUAAAGCAGCAGCGUGAGCACCCAAAGAGCACCUUUAUAGAGCAGCAAGCAUAUGAAACUGAAUGCAAGAGAGAGAGAGAGAAAGUGUGAAAGUGUUACCAACAUAAAUAUAUUAGUACUUCGCAAGUGUAUACAGUAACGGGAUACUCGAAAUUUGUGUCAACUUGCACACAUUGUUUGCUUACAUAACUAUUUUUGGCCUUUUAGCAUAUGUGCACUAGAAAUUUUACUAAAGCAUAAGACAGAAAACACAAAUCACAAAUUUCAAAGUGAAUUUCAUAUUUAUAUCAAAAAAUAGCUAAACCCAAGUUCAUGUCAGCAAUAAUGUGCAUUAGAGCACCACAAACAACAGUUUUUAAGCGCAAUGCUUCUGUAUGACAGCUGAGUUGCAUCGACAACAACAAUAUUUAGUACAGCAGUUGACUGUUGACAGUUGACUAAACAAACUAAUUAAGCACUUAAUACCGCACUUGAAGUCAACAGCAUUGAUCUAAAAACUCAUAAGACAUCAAUCCCACACAUCGUGCAUAAAUGAUGCCAGAAAUUGAUCGUGACGCUGUAGCUGAAAUGGUUAGUGGAGCGCAUGCGCCCAUAUUCAGCACCGCCGCCCUACUCGCGAAAGAACAACAAAAAUACAAAGCACACUCCCGUCUGCAGGCCACACUAGCCGAACAGGAGCACUUUAAUAUGGCCGCUGCCAGUUCAUAUGUCUACCAGAGCCCAUUAACCAUACCACCGCAUUCUCAUCCGCAAUACGCUGCAUUCAGCAUGAAUAAUAACAACAAUAUUAGCGCACUAAAUCACAACAUGGCUACAGCGCAACAUUUGGCCGCCAGUCAUGCUUGCAUUAGUCCGAGCAGUAAAGAGAAGCUCACCAAUUUGUUGAAAGUACGCGAACCCGAGCAACGCAUUAUGGGUAAUUUUCUACAGAAGACACUCGAAUCCGCACCGCGACCAUCGCCCACCAGCGUCUACACGAAUGGCGGCAAUACGAGUGGCGUACUUUUGGAGACGGCAUAUUUGUCCGCGCCACAACUACAUACGCCACUCUCACCGCCACCACCACCACCACCGCCGCGCUCGAAAACACCACAUCCACGUCGUUUGGAUGUCAUUGCCGCAGCGUCACCUGUACUGAAAUCAACCAAACCACAAUAUGAUCUCGAAAUCAAAGCUGACAGCACUGCGCCAGACAGUUGGCAUCCGCACGUGUAUGCUCGUCCACCGACGCGCCCAACACCGCACGCCAUCGCCGACAUACUCGGUUGGCGUGCCACUUUAUCGCCGUGUCUCCAGCAGCAGCGUACGCUGUUGGCUAACAACAAUACCAACAGUAAUGUUAUAGUUCCAACGUUAGAUGAGUCAUCGAAUUCUUCGUCGAAUGCCGCUGGCGCGACCCUACCGCCAGUGCCCGCAAAGUCGCCGAAAAGUAUUUUGCGUAAUUUUCAACAACAAUUCACUCAACAACCGCAAUCGCCGCUACGCGAACCCACACACAUGCGUAGCACUUCGGUGAGUGAAGCUAGUGAAGAGGAUAUUGGCGGUAGCAUAAUGGAUCAGCCAUUGGAUCUUUGUGUACCGAAGAAGCCGCGAGAGUCACACUCACCGCCACCAAAUGUGAAGCAAACUCAGAUACUGCAUAAAGCGGGUGCCAGUAAGAAAGAUGCCAAUCACACCAGCAAAUCGUCGAGUGUUAAGAAGAAAAAACUUGCAAAUGCCGCUGCCAGUGCUUCCGCGUCCACCGCUACGCUGUUGCUGUCAACGCCCGCUAACGCGACCACGCCAGCGUCUACAUCAACUUUGCCCAUACCGGAUGUGAGUCCUAGCGGUAGUAGUGACAGUUUAAUGCGCGGCGAUAAACAAUUCCCUACUGUUGGUACACCGCCAGUUUCCUCAUCGGUGACUGCUAUGGAGACUACAGAGGAUGAUUCGGAUUCCGGCUCGACAGAUGCGCGGCGCAAAAAGAAGGCGCGUACCACCUUUACAGGUCGUCAAAUAUUCGAGUUGGAGAAACAAUUUGAGAUAAAAAAAUAUUUGAGUUCGAGUGAACGCACCGAGAUGGCUAAGCUGUUGAAUGUAACAGAGACGCAGGUAAAAAUCUGGUUUCAAAAUCGACGCACCAAGUGGAAAAAGCAGGAUAAUCUAUCGAAUUCCGAGGUUGCCGAGCAUAAGACAACAAACUCCACCAAAAAUUCAACAGAAAAUGCAAAAACAAGUGCGUCAGCAACAAACUCCUCUGCCAGCAAUACAACAAACACCGCUACAGAGACAACGAGUAAAAAGUCACAAACCCACAACAAUAACAACACAAAUGGCAACAUUGAGAAGACGCGCGCGACGGCCACAAGCGAAUUAAGCCCUAAGUUGAGCGCAAAACAAGCGACGAAAAUUAAGAAACAACUAAACGCGCUGCUGGAUAAAACCACAAAGAGCGCUACGGCGGCAGGUGUCAACAGCAGCAAUAGUUCAGCGAUGGUCAAUGGUGACGGCGCUGCGGCAACAGCAGGUGUUGGUGUUAAGGCAAGCCAUAACAACAACAAAAACGCAGAGAAUGUACAUGCACAACAAAAUCAUCAACACCAUACGCAUCACCGCAUACAUCACGCACACCACCAUACCCAUUCGCAUCAUCGACAACACGCCAUUCCACUGACUGUCGAGCCAGCUGCACCAUUGGAGCAGACAGAGAAGCUGGAAAUCAAAUUAGAGGAAUCGCCGCAACAUCGCGAGCUACAAUUAAGCCUAUUGCGCGCUGCUAACAACAAUCGCAGUCCAUUGCACUUCAGCGACAUGGAUUUUGAAAGCAAAUUAGCGGCAUCGAAAAUAUCGAAUGCAUUGCUCUGUGCGAAAUUGAAUGCCGAUAGAAAGGAGUCGGUGACAAGAGGUCGCAAAAGUAGUAGUAGCGAGAAGGGAAUACAACAAAGGACAGCUGGAAAGACGCAUGUUGAGGAGCAAUUAAUGGUAGAUGAAGAUGGAGAUUCUGCCAAUGUAGGAACGACAAAUGUAGGGGAAGAAAUUGAGGUGGUACAGCGUACAGAAGUAAAAUCAUUAAGCGAGGAUGUGGAUGACUGCGAAACGCAGGCAGAGCACGAAGAGCAGGAGGAAGAUGCAGAAAUGCGGGGUGUUGAGAAUUAAAAAAGAAAAUUCUGAAACAAACGAGUUGUAAUAAAAGAGAAUUUUAUGGAGAAAUCUUCCAGUCAAUAUGAACUGUGCCAAAAAAUGAACAAAAUUGACAAACUAAUUUUUUUUAGUGAUUUAAGUACAACACAUAACGAAGUUAGAACAAAGAAGCUCAGUUAAUUCAAGAGUAUACUAUUUUAAGUUAAUUAUAUUAUAUAUGUAUGUGUUACGUUUGCGUAGUGGUAUGAACAAAAAUUAAGAACAAAGGUGUAACAAACAAAAACAAAGGAACAAAUAAACGAAUUAGGUCAUACAAGUAAUUUGUGCUAAUGCUUAUGCUUAAUGUAAAAGUGAAUGUGUAUAUAUAAUUUCGCUACGUCUUAUGCAAUUUUGCAAUUAAUUCAGCAACAACAAAUGUAUAAAAAACUUAGGUGUUACUAUGAUUUCAAACAAAGAUGUAUAAAUACAAAAAUUUAACAAUUAGUAUAACGAAAUCAAAUAAACAUUAAAAGUAAUAGAUAUUUCUGCGAAACAUACAA